AUGGGUUUCGGAGUUUCCUACGUUCUUCAUCUCGUUUUGCUGUUUUCUACGAUCUUCGUCUCUGCUUGGUCUCAAGAUGGUGACGUGAUGCAAAAGCUGAAAGCUUCAGUACACGGUGUUGAUUGGCCCGGUUCAGAUUAUUGCAAAUGGGAGAGUGUUACAUGUUCUGAUUCAAGGGUGACCAAAAUUCAACUCCAAUCGCGUAGUCUCACAGGUUUUCUACCGAAAGAAUUGGUGCAACUCACUGCGUUAACAGAUUUUUAUUGCAAUGAUAACAAGUUACAUGGAGAUUUUCCUAACAUGCCGAAUUCUCUUCAGAAUUUGUAUAUUGACAAAAACGAUUUCACGUCCAUGCCGAGUGAUUUCUUCGAUAACAUGAGUAAUUUGUUACUGGUGAGUAUGGGUUAUAACAAUUUUACUCAGUGGAAAAUUCCUUCUAGUCUUAAGAACUGUUUAGCCCUCAAGACUUUUUCUGCUAAUAAUGCUAGUUUUGUUGGUGAAAUCCCUGAAAUCUUCGGGAAAGAGAAUUUUCCAAGUUUGGUUAGUUUGCAAUUGUCUUACAAUCAUCUUGAGGGUAAUUUGCCUAAUAGUUUAGCUGAUACUUCUAUUGAGACCCUUUGGUUGAAUGGUCAAAACAGUAUAAAUAAACUCAACGGUACUCUUUCUGUUAUACAAAAGAUGACAUCUUUGAAAGUUCUUUGGGUUAAUGUUAAUUCUUUUACUGGUCCUAUACCGGAUUUAUCAAAUCUUACUCAAUUGGAAAAUGCUUGUUUUAGGGAUAAUAGAUUAACCGGUGUUGUUCCACCGUCUUUGACUUCUCUUCUUAGUUUGCAUGUUGUGAACUUGACAAACAAUCAACUUCAAGGGCCACCUCCUAAGUUUCAAGAUGGUGUUGUGGUUGAUAAUGAUUUGAGUGGGAGUAAUAGUUUUUGUACUAAGGUUGAUGGUCAACCAUGUAGUCCAGUUGUUAAUGCUUUGCUUUCUGUUGUUGAGCCUCUUGGAUAUCCUUAUAUACUUGCCGAGAGUUGGAAAGGAAAUGACCCUUGUGGUGAUAAUACUUGGAAAGGGGUUAUUUGUUCCGGUAGUAAUAUUUCAACUAUCGACUUUCGUAAGCUGGGUUUUUCUGGUAGUAUUUCUCCUAGUUUUGCAAGCCUUAGUUCUGUGACGAAGUUGCUUCUUUCUGACAAUAAUCUCACCGGUACUAUACCUAUGGAGCUUGCUAGUAUGCCGGCUUUGAAAGAGAUAGACGUUUCGAAUAAUACGUUGUAUGGUCAGAUACCGAUGUUCCGUGGAGAUGUGGUUGUUAAUACUGCUGGGAAUCCUGAUAUUGGACAUGAUAAACCUUCUAGCCCGCCCAGUCCUAGUUCUGGAGGUAAUGAUAAGAAGAAAUUUAGUGUUGGAGCUGUUGUUGGUGUAGUGAUGGGGGUUGUUUGCUUACUUGGGGUCGGGGUUUUGGUAUUUGUUAUAUGCCGUAGAAGGUAUAAAAAGCGUUAUGGCAAAGUUCAAACUCCAAAUGCGAUAGUGGUACAUCCUCGUCAUUCUGGAGAUGGAAAUGCUGUGAAGAUAAGUGUUGCAGCAGCUGGAGGAUCUCAUGCUGGCGGUGUAGGAGGAACUAGUGGAUUUAGUCAAUCAAGUAGUGUUCAAAAUGUGGAAGCUGGUAAUAUGGUGAUUUCGAUUCAAGUUUUGAGAGAAGUUACAAACAAUUUCAGCGAUAAAAACAUAUUGGGGAAGGGUGGUUUCGGCACUGUAUACAAAGGAGAAUUGGAUGAUGGAACAAAGAUUGCAGUUAAAAGAAUGCAAUCUGAUAUGGUUGGUGACAAAGGGCUGAACGAGUUCAAGUCUGAAAUUGCGGUUCUUACUAAGGUUCGACACAGGCAUUUGGUUGCACUUCUUGGCUAUUGCUUGGAGGACAAUGAGAAACUUCUUGUCUAUGAAUACAUGCCUCAGGGCACUCUUAGUCAACAUCUGUUUGACUGGAAAGACGAUGGGGUGAAACCACUAGAAUGGAAGAGAAGGCUUUCUAUUGCCUUAGAUGUUGCUAGAGGUGUUGAAUAUCUUCAUGGUUUGGCACAACAAAUUUUCAUCCAUAGGGAUUUGAAACCGUCAAAUAUCCUGCUUGGGGAUGACAUGCGCGCUAAAGUAUCUGAUUUUGGACUAGUUCGGCUUGCUCCUGAAGGACAAGCUUCAUUCGAGACUAGACUUGCCGGAACUUUUGGAUAUCUAGCACCAGAGUAUGCAGUCACCGGACGAGUCACCACAAAGGUUGACGUAUACAGCUACGGCGUGAUUCUUAUGGAGAUGAUUACCGGAAGGAGAGCAAUCGACAACAGCCAACCAGACGAGAACAUCCACCUUGUGACAUGGUUCCGCAGGAUGCAACUGAACAAAGACUCGUUCGAGAAGAUCAUUGAUCCAGCAAUGGAUAUCGAUGAGGAAGGCUUGGAGAGUUUCAGGACUAUUGCAGGGUUGGCCAGCCACUGUUGUGCAAGGGAGCCUCAUCAGCGUCCUGACAUGGGACACGUGGUGAAUGCACUUGCACCUCUUGUUGAGAUUUGGAAGCCGUCUGAACCUGAUGAUGAGGACAUGUACGGAAUCGACUUGGAUAUGAGUUUGCCUCAAGCUCUAAGUAAGUGGCAGAACAUGGAAGGGCGGAGCUCUACACUCGAUGUUUCGUAUUCUUCGUCGAUGAUUCCUAGUUGUGAUAAUACACAGUCGAGUAUACCACCUCGGUCUCCUGGAUUCGCUGAUUCUUUUACAUCUGCUGAUGCGCGAUGA